AUGCAGAGAACACGCGAGACAGCCGUGGUCAAGUCCCUGCUGCUGUUGAUAUUGGGGCUUGCCAUCCUGAGGGAGGUAACAGCUCAUCCGAAGAAACCCAUAGCACGGGCUCUUGUCCCCCAGAAGGCUGGGAACUGCCCUCCUCUGGAGGAUAAGAGUGUGAGAGUUGACCUCCGCAUCUUCAAUCAAAACCAGGGUGUUUCUGUCUCACAUGACUUCCAGAACCGCUCCAGCUCCCCAUGGGAUUACAACAUCACCCGAGACCCCCACCGGUUCCCCUCAGAGAUUGCUGAGGCCCAGUGCAGAUAUUCAGGCUGCAUCAAUGCGCAGGGGCAGGAAGACAGCUCCAUGAACUCCGUCGCCAUCCAGCAAGAGAUCCUGGUCCUCCGGAGGGAGCCCCAGGGCUGUCCUAAUUCCUUCCGGCUGGAGAAGAUGCGGGUGAAGGUGGGCUGCACCUGCGUCACGCCCAUAGUCCGCCGCGCAGCCUGA